AUGCGUUAUUUAACUCCUGAAAUAGCCUGGCAUGAAACGCUACCAAUAUAUUCAUGUGAUUUACAAAAUCGUCCCAAAUUAAUAAGUGAUAAUAAUAAAUGUAGCGAUCAAACAUCUAAUCGUAGUCCUUUAAGUGAAUUAAAUUUUAAAAAUGUUAAAGAUCUCGAUCCUGAUUUGAAUUGGACAAGAUUGGCAACAGCUGGCGGUGAUAAUGUUGUUCGUUUAUGGCGUGUUCAAUUGAAUUGGUUACCUGGAGUUUUGAAAACGACAACAAAGCAAACUGAAUCUCAAUGUACUGCUAAUCUAACGGUAGCUAAAAAGGAUCCUGGUGUUAAUACUUCUGGUACAACACAAAAAACUGAUUCCAAACAAUUCGAACAUUUAACUUAUUUGGCUUCAUUAAAACGUCACGAAAAACCUGUCAAUGUUGUUCGUUGGUCACCUUCAGGUGACUAUCUGGCAUCAGCUGGAGAUGAUUUAUUCAUUAUAAUAUGGUCAAAUCAAACUACCAAUAAUGGGAUGAUCACUUCGAUAGAUAAUUCAUCCAAUUUAAAAGAUGAAGAUGAUGAUGAUGAUAAUGCUGUAAAUUCGGAAAUAUGGAUUCCUUGUCGAAGUUUAAGACGUCAUUUAGAAGAUAUCUACGAUGUUUGUUGGUCUCCAGAUGAACGUGCACUUAUAUCCGGGUCUGUUGAUCAUUCAAUCAUAGUUUGGCACCUUGACUUGAUUCCAUCACCGUCAUCUGUUCUGCCAGUUGAAGAUUUCAGCAGUGUUGGAGAAGUGGGUCCAGAGAACAAUAAUUCUAAUCGACCGGAGAAUGCACCUGCCCCAAGUACAAAUACCAGUCAAGCUACAAUCAAGACCUUAAUUCUACGUGAUCACAAACAUUAUGUACAAGGUGUUGCUUGGGACCCAUUAGGAUUUUAUGUCGCCAGUUUAAGCAGCGAUCGAGCUUGUCGGAUAUAUCAUGCUGGAACUAAAAAUUGUUUAGCACAUGUGUCUAAAGCUGGAAAACAACGUUUAUUUCAAGAUGAUUCUUGGAAGUCGUUUUUUCGACGUCUUACUUUUAGUCCGGAUGGUUUACUUCUUGUUUGCCCAUCUGGUAAUCUUGAAGAGGCUGCAUUUGCUGGAUUAACCAAUUCAACUAUAAUUUCUUCAACCAAUGGAUUUGAACAGCCAGACAAAAUAGUAGAUACUACCAUUCCACUAGUUGCUCCUCAACAUGCAGCACAUAUUUUUGUACGUUCAAAUUUCACGCGUCCUGUAGUCAGUUUACCAACAGGUUCUAAGCCAGUUGUUGCAGUUCGCUUUUGUCCUCAACCGUUCCAAUUAAGACAGGUUAACUUAAACUAUCAAAAUGACACAAAUCAAUAUUCUAGCUUGUUUAAUCUUGCAUAUCGGUGGCUGUUUUGCUUAGUAUUAGAGGAUAGUGUUCUUUUUUAUGAUACUCAACAAACCGUACCAUUUGCUCAGGUUUCUCAGCUUCAUUAUCAAGCUCUAAAUGAUGCAACAUGGUCUAAAGACGGGCAUUUAGUUGUAAUCUGUUCUACUGAUGGUUAUUGCUCUCUUAUUCACUUCGCACAUGGUGAACUUGGCGCAUUUUAUCGUGGUACGUUUGGUGCGCCUAAUUCACAAGCUAUCUCAAUCGACAAUGCUUUUAGGGAAACAGAUAAGUGCCAGAUUAAUGAAGUUGAAAUGUUAUCAUCCGUAGUAGGGGAUGCAAUUAACGACGCUGUCAAUGAAGCAUACAAUCCUCCAAAAUCUAAUGUUUCAUCUGCCACAGUUCCUGACUCAAACAAAUUAACCACUGAAGCAAAGUCGUCAGAAUCAAGCAUUAAUAAUAAUCCCAUUGUUGUCGAUGGUGCCACAACUGUAUCUAAACAAAAACGUCGUGUACAGUUAACGACAUUGGUUUCUUUCAGUGAUGGGAAUAUAACUAAUAACGGUAGAACAGAUAACUCUCAGAUUUCAAAAAAUUUACCAAAUGACUCUGAUUUCCGCCCAACAGAUCCCAAAUCUUAUAAAUUUGAGGAAAGAGAUGUUAUAGAAAUCGAAGAUUCGCCGACUUCCUAA